AUGAGCCGAGCCUCGUACGACUCGGCGAGUGUCACCAGUGGUAGAAGCCCGGCAUCGAACUGUCCGGCUAUAAACCAAGACCAUCUGGAACUGGAUGACCUAGAUACACUCGUACUCCAAGACGACAAAAAUUUACAAGCUGAAAACACUGAGAAUGAGGCGGAGCAACUUCCAGAGUGCGUUAAAGAGGUAUUAGGCAUUGACACUGACACAGAAACAAAACAGUCCUAUCAUCUCAAUGAUGCUAUAAGACAAGUUUGGUCACAAACAAUAGCCCAAGGCAUAGGAAAGGAAAAUAUGGAUCAAAUUUUGGAUCGCCAUAGGCCUCCCAAUAAUUUUCCUACUCUUGAUCCUCCAAAAGUCAACCCGGAAGUUGCUCACAUUCUUUCUCAAGCAUAUGUUAAGAGGGACCAAUGCCAUGCAAGAUAUCAGCUAUUGGUGGGAAAAAGUACAAGUGCGCUUGGCAAAUGCAUGAAUUAUGUCAUCAAUGAAAUCAAGAAUAAUGUUGAUUCUGAUCUAAAAAUGCACUUGCUACCACAUCUAGCAGAUGUGGGCACAUUCAUGACCCAGCUAUUCCAUGAGAUCUCGACGACCCGUAGGGAAUAUAUUUCACAACUUCUCUCCAAAUCGGUGAAAGAUACCAUCAAAGAGACUAUUCCGGGGGAAUAUCUAUACGGCACCGAUUUGGCAGAAAAGAUUAAAAUGGCAAAAAUUGCAGAAAAAGCUGGGAACGACUUAAGACAAGACGGUUAUAGCAACAAGGCAGGGCCAUCCGGCAUCAGAAGAGGGGGGGGGGGCACACCUCUCAGCGCCAGCAUGGCAACGCCCGCCUCGCCAGUCAGGGAGGGACUCGGGGCCGAGGAAAGGGCAAACCUCCAAGCAAAGUCGCCCCCCAGGGAGCAGAUACCAAUAAAGUUCAACCCACUCUCUGGCCAACAGAUUAACAUUAGUGGCCGCGAAAUUAUCCGGCAGGGGUUUCAACUGAGAGGAAUAUCGGAUGAGGCGGUAGAGACCAUAAUCGAUUCAAUAUCGACAGCUACGAUCAGCCAGUAUGCGUGUACUUACCGUCUAUGGUAUAAGUACUGUGAAGAGAAGCAGAUACCAGUAUUUCAGGCAAACGUCCUGCAGGUAAUAGAAUUCCUUCAGAACAUUAUCAAUACAACUGAACUAAAUUAUGGAAGUUUAAACAGCCACAGAUCUGCGAUCUCCUUAUAUCCUCCGAUAGCCUAG